UACGGUAUUAAUGUGACUAUACUACAUUCAAUACUUACUUAUGUAUAGUAAAUUGCUAUAACCCGACUAAAGCAAAAAGUCACAUUUGUGCAUAUUCUGACAUGAAACCAUCGACCAUCUUGAGUUAGUGUAGUUUCGUAACACUUCGUGAGAACCCCGACGACGAAAUCAUUCCAUCCAGCCGUCGAAGCCGUGUUCUCGGGGGUUUGGGAUUGUGAUUUUGGAUAAAUCUAUGUAGUUAUUGUGCCAACAACUAUACAAAACGAAGAUAAAUAAAUCAUCACGAGCUAUCUGCUAAGCUGCUCCAAAGGAUCUGCCGAGCCCGCAUUAUCUGUGAUAUACAGCUCAGCCUCUCGUCCGUCCUAAAAGGGCUGGGCCAAUUGGGGCAAGGAGGCGCAUCCGCAGCAGCUGAGCGGUGAUCUCACCCUGCCCUCUGCCAUAGAGGCAUAAAACACUGCUACCUGCUUUUUGACUGCAUCACUACGAACCAUUGUUACUUAGUCUUUAAUCGAAACAAUAUGCAAUCUGUGAAAAUAAGUAUAAUUCUAGGUGGAUAUUGUAGAAAAUUAUUCUAUUUAUAAAUAAUUGUCUGAUGUCUAAUGUUUCUGUAAUAUUAUGUGUUCCACAUUUAAUUAAGGAUAAUUGUUACUCCAAUAUUGAUACUGUUACCGAACCAAUGCAAUGUAAAAACUCCACCUUAAUGUUGGUGGUGAACACAAAUAAAUUUGGUGCUUGUAAGCGAGUCGAAGAGAAUGAAAGUCAGCAAGUUAGUGUAAAAAUGGUAGAUAAUAAUAUUUAUAAUGUAGAAUUUGUUGAUAGUAUCCAACAAAACCAAAUGAUUGGCGAUAUGCCUAACUACUGCAUUCCUUUAACGAUUAACGCCAUAACAGUCCAGGGUAUCUCAUACAGUGACCCGUAUUUCAGUAGCUUUAACUUAAAAUAUAAGAUGGCGUUGGGAGCGCCAGAAUAUAUGAACAAGUCUGAUUACGCUUUUAAAUCCUCAGUUUGUAUUAUACAUGAACCUUGCACGGAUAAGACGCAACUACUUAACGAAAAGGCUUUUCGUGUAAGCGAAACGAAAACUCGAAUGAUGACUUGUGACAACAAGUCUGUUGAAACAAACCAUGACAAUAAUACAUCGAAAGUUGAUGGUCAAUCUACUUCGAAGCGAGCAAUGAGAACAUUUGCGAAUGGUGAUCUCACAUUUGAUGCGAUGCUAGAACUAGUGGACAGUGAGCAGAGGAUCAUAACCGAUUUGAAGAAAAGUCACCAAGUUGACUCAUGGGGGGUUCCUCGACGUUUCCGACUGUGCGGUGGUGGGGAAAGCUCUUUGAAUGCAGCGGCUGGAUGGGGCAGCCCACCCUCUUCUAACAAUGCUGGCAACUGGGGUGGCAAUUCCAGUGGUCAAACAAACAAUGGGACAAACAAUACCCAGCAAUGGAACAAUACGGCGCAACGGCCGCCCACAUCACAAGCUGAUUUGAACAGCAACAAGGGUAAUGGAAACCAAAUGCCGCCAACAAAUGUAUCUACAGCCCAAGGUUGGCAGAACUCUGGCCCAAAUAUGCAAAAUGCUCCACCCAAUAACAAUGGUGCACCUGCGAGCAAUGGUACAAAUAAUAGUAGUAAUGGCAACAAUGGAGCUAAUCCAACUAAUCCAUCUGCCAAUUCAAAUGGGCCAUCUGUAACCAAUGGGAAUAAUGGCAAUAAUGGUAAUAGCACAUCAUCUGCUAAGAUUGAACAGCUUAACUCCAUGAGAGAGGCUUUAUUCAGCCAAGAUGGCUGGGGUGGUCAACAUGUGAAUCAAGACACCAACUGGGAUGUUCCUGGAUCUCCAGAGCCGGGAUCAAAGGUUGAACCUGCUGCCGGGGGACCGCCCCCAUGGAAGCCUAACAUUAACAAUGGUGCAUUCCUCGGGACAGACUUGUGGGAGGCCAACUUGAGAAAUGGAGGGCAACCCCCACCACAACCAGUUGCUAAGACCCCAUGGGGACAUACACCUACAACCAACAUUGGUGGUACUUGGGGCGAAGAUGAUGAUGCUGCAGAUUCUGCCAAUGUUUGGACUGGACCUCCGCCGCAGCAGCAGUGGCCCGCCGGACCUCCGCAACACGGACAGCAAUGGGGUGUGCCAAAGAAAGAUGAUUGGAAUGCAUGGGGCGAACCCCACAGACCUGCUGAUCCUAGAUUGGAUCCCCAUCGCACUCAAGAUCCUCGUCAGCAGUCCUCUGACCCGAGACAUGACCUCCGUGGGGGGAUUUCGGGCAGACUUAACGGUGACAUGUGGAGUCAGCACCACCAACACGCAAGUGGUCCUAGCAAGAUGAUGACUGCAGCUGGAGUUAACCAGUGGGGCUCACAGGGUCCUAAAGAUCCAAUUAAAGCAACAGGAUGGGAGGAACCUUCCCCGCCAGCUGCACGUCGCGGAUUCGAUGAUGGUACAUCACUAUGGGCACAGAGGGGCAGCAUUGGUGGAAUGCAAGGUCGUGGAGCGCCGCAAGGACCUCCAGUCCAAAGGAUCCCACCAACUCCUACCAAGCCGGACGCAGUCUGGAGCGCACACACACAACGCAAUGGCUCCUGGGACGAACCUCAUACACCCGGGUGGCCGGACCGCGAUGUGGCCGGCUGGCCUGAUGCAUCUGGCCCAGGUCUCUGGCCGGUGCCGAAGCCUAAACCUACAGGCCCCGGAGGAGGGUGGCCCGAUGAUAUUGGCGAGUGGGGUGGACCGAAACUACCUCAAAGCACCCCGCUUGGCAAACAGAUACCCAAAGAAGUCGUGUGGAACAGCAAACAAUUCAGAUAUUUGGUGGAUCUUGGUUACAAGAAGGAGGAAGUGGAAGCGGCUCUACGCAGUCGCGACAUGAACACUGAAGAGGCUCUGGAGUUGCUGACGGCCGCGCGCAGCGAGAGCUGGCGUCGUGAUGAUCACUUCCACCACACAUCCUUCCAGCCGCCCACCGUGCCCGCGGUGUCGCCUGCUGUCGUGCAGAAGAUGUUGAACCAACCGCCGCCACAGCCAGUGCAGCAUCACCAUUCCUACAACCCCAACAGUGGCAGUAGCAACAGUGGGCAACCAAGCACUGCACAGCUGCGCAUGCUGGUGCAGCAGAUCCAGAUGGCGGUGUCUGCCGGCUACCUCAACCACCAGAUCCUCAAUCAGCCCCUCGCGCCGCAGACCCUCGUGCUCCUCAAUCAGCUCUUACAGCAGAUCAAAGUGCUGCAGCAGUUGGUGCAGCAACACACCCUGGCUCUGUCAAAGGGUAACUCCACCCUCGCUGUGCAGUACUCAGUGCAGAUAAGCAAGGCCAAACAACAGAUUACAGCAUUGCAGAACCAAAUAGCGACGCAACAGGCGCUGUACAUGAAGCAGCAGGCUGGCGGCGCGGACCUGUUCAAGCAGAACCACGAUCCUCUAAAUCAUUUGCAGAACAACUUCAAUGAGAUCAGCAUCAGCAAGGACUCGCAAUCUGCGUAUGGUGCAAGCGGCAACCAGCAGUCCCGUCUGACGCAGUGGAAGCUGCCGCUGCUGGAGAAGGAUGGCGAGGGCUCGGAGUUCAGCCGCGCGCCCGGCACAGCUAAGUCCGCCACCAGCCCGCCGCUCAACCAGCUUGGCUUGCAGCCAGACUCGACAUGGGGUGUGGGACGCAGCUCCGAGGGAUGGGGUGACAGUGGUGCGGACGUAGCGGACGGCAAGGAUGCGUGGGGUACACACGCCGUGCACCAGCCCGUCUACGACCUCGUGCCGGAGUUCGAACCCGGCAAACCCUGGAAGGGUAAUCAAAUGAUGAAGAACGUUGAGGACGAUCCUGCGAUGACCCCGGGCUCUGUGGUCCGCUCGCCGUUGUCUCUCGCGACUAUCAAGGACUCUGAUAUGCUGGGCGGCAAGACUUCGCCCCCGGGCAGCGAGCGCUCCCUCUCUUCCUCCACCUGGAGCUACGCCCCGCCGGUGUCCAAUUCUAGCGCUACCGGGACCGGACUGAAGUCCGACGCUUGGGGCACCAAGCCCAGGCCCGCGCCAACCGGAAUCAAAGCCUGGCCUCAGCACGUCAACCAGAGAGUGCUGCCCACAUGGCAGGCCUCCACUUGGCUACUUUUGAAGAACCUUACAGCACAGAUUGAUGGAUCAACGCUGAAGACAUUGUGCGUCCAGCACGGUCCUCUGCAGAACUUCCACUUGUACUUGAACCAGGGCCUCGCCCUCGCACGUUACUCAACCCGUGAGGAGGCUGCUAAGGCGCAGAUGGCUCUGAACAACUGCGUGCUGAGCAACACGACAAUAUUCGCGGAGAACCCCGCCGAGUCGGAGGUGCAGAUGAUUCUGCAGCACCUGGGCUCUGGUGGCGGCGGAGCGUGGCGCGGUGGCGCAGGCGGCGGCGGUGGCGGCAGCAAGGACAGCUGGGGUUACACCGCUCUGUGGCCCGACCAGCACGAGCAGCGCGCCACGCCCUCUUCGCUCAACUCCUUCCUGCCCCCCGACCUGCUCGGCGGCGAGUCCAUCUAAGGCGGUAACGCCCCAAGGCCGACGCAUUCACUGAGUAUCCAGCAAUUUAGUGAGGUUUACGUAUUUAAUCAAAUAUCCUAAUCUUAUAGUUGAUGUACAAAAUGAUGCGGGACGGAGCUCCGAGUAUUGCUAAUUGUUUGUGUAGACAAAAUCCUUGUUAAUUGUUAAGGAGUCCCGUCUCCGCGGCGAGCGACAUCCCGCCGGAGCGCGUGUCGUCUCACCGAACCUCUUAGGUGUCUAGUUUUAAUUACGCUUCGCCGUCCCCCGUACGGGGACGGACUUAUUUUAUUCGCCUAGUCAGAUCGUAUCGGCCGCUUCAAGUCGCCGACACGACUCGAAGCGAUCGCUGUAGCAAACUGUCCACAAUUCUAUUAUCUACUGUGUCGUAAGUGUUCAUGUAGACUUAGUGUACAUAAGAAUUAUACAUAUACAACGGCAGACAUAUAAUGUAUCGACGGUUAUUGUACCUAUAUGAAGUAUGUUAGGUUAUGUCGAGGCGGGCUAAAGCGUGGGUGAAACUCAACCGGCCCGCUCGGUGUUGUAUGUCGUGUCGUACGCGCAGCAGCGCCGCACCGCACCGCUGCGGUCGCGCUCGUGCUCGUGCUCGCAUUCGCGCUCGCGCUCGCGCCCGCGGCUCGCUCCUGUAAUUACCAAAUAACGUAAGUUAUCGGAUAUAGAGUAGUUGCGUCGCGGGCUACCUCAGUCACUCGUCCCGUGGCCUUAUUUUAGUGUGUAUUUAUUUUUUGUUGCGCUCGGGGGCUGUUGCUGUUUCGCCCUACGAGCUGUUGCGUUCCGAGUUUCUUUCGUGUUUUUUUUUAUUAUUAUUAAUAUUAUUUAGUAUUCGAGCAUUACUGAGCGUAUUAUAAUUAUUUAUUCUGUUUUUGAAUUCUCAAUCGCGAUGUGCCCUCGUUUUCCAUAAGUGAUAUUUGAUCCAGCAAUAAGCGUGUAAUUGCAUUUCGGACGGUAUCGUUUGUUUUAUAAAUAAGUUGGUACGUAAUGCAUGUUAUAAAAUGAAGGAAUGAGAUGGAGCCCGCCAGGAGGGAGGGACGCGCAGUGGCGAUCGCAAGGCAAUCCGUUAUCCUGUGAUGUAAAGUAUCUUGCCUAAUGUAAGGAUAAUGUAUUUUGUUGUGGAGUAGCAGAGGCGUCCGCCUCCGCCUCACCUCACGUUUCCCCAAAUUUUUUCCAGUAUUUGUGAUUCAAGUGCCACUUUAUGUUUAAUAUAUAAAACGAUUAUCUAGAUUAUACGAUUAAUGUAAGGGUAACCUAAUAUAUUAAAUUGAAAAUUGUUUUAUCAUUUUAUAUUACAUACAUUUGUGAGAAAUGUUAUAAAGUACUAUAAUUGACAGUAAUUUAAAUAUUACACUUUUGUGUAUAGGUAAGGAUAAAGUUCUAACUUAAAUUUAGCCAUAUCAAUAUCUAUUUAAUAAAAAGAUUUGUGGUAUUUUCUAUAGGCUCAAUUUGAAAGUUAUUCAAAGUGACAUAUGCUUUAGAUAUUCUGUUAAUAAUAUACUUGUAGGUGUAGGUCUCCCGGUAUUACAUCAUCUAGUUGUAAGAUUAUACUUAAGCCCUAUCCUAGGUUUCUAUAAGCAUACUAUUGAUAUUUUAACGUCAACGAUUCGCACGUGCAAAUGUUCGUUAUCAUAAAGUUUAUUUACAUUUUUAUUUAAUUUUUAAUUUAUUACGGUGUGCCACAGAGAUACUCUGCCAAAAUAUAUCAUUACCAAUAUGUACGGGGAGCAGCGAGGGGUCUGCGCCCCUCGCCCCCGGCCCCCUGACGAGACCCCGCGCCGCGCGCCCCGCGCCCCGCG